ACAAAAAGUGUGCUGGAAGGAGAGAUUAUGACUCUCUUGAUGCUGUGCUUUCUCUUGUAUCAACAGCGACACCAAUCUACAGAAGUCUUUUCUCUGUAUUCCAUCGUUGCAUUUCUAAAAAUGGAUAUUGCAAACAGUGUCCUUGAACAUGUUUCGGCGCAUUUGUUCUCUAUUAUUCGAGCUGAAUUCGCUGCCUUUUCUGGCAUCAAGAGUAACGCUGAAGAGCUGUCAAGUAAUUUGGAUCGGACCCGAUCUAUCCUUGAACUUGAAGAUGCUGAGGAGAGACAAAUAACACACCACUCUAUAAAGGAUCGGUUAAUGCAACUCAGAGAAGUAGUAUACUUGGCAGAAGAUACCCUUGAUGAAUAUUCCCUACGAUCCAAUCGACUUGGGGGCUUCUCUUCUUUCAGACCAAAGAACAUCAUGUUCCGUUACAAGGUUGGUCGCAGGUUAAGAUUUAUCAAAAGGGAAAUUCAUCAUUUGAUGGAUGGACUUGGUGACUAUUCUCGUAUUCAGCUAAAUGAAGGGGUUCUUGAAGUUCGACAGCUAAAACCUACAGUAUUUGGACGAGUUGAAGAUGAAGUGAAGAUUUUGGAGUUUCUUCUUGAUCAAGCGUGUGCCUUUGACUCCCCUUCUAUCUAUCCCAUUGUUGGCAUAGGUGGGGUAGGGAAAACAACCAUGGCUCAAUUGGUCUACAAUAAUGAAAGGGUGAGUACCCAUUUUAGUGUUAAAAUUUGGGUUUCUGUUUCUCAGAAUUUCUCUGUCAAGAGGAUUUUGUGUUCCAUUGUAGAUUCUAUUGCCAGAGAAAAAUAUGAUGUUUAUGAUUUAGAUGUAAUCGAAAGGAAAGCAAGGGAAUUGUUGAAAAAUAAAAGAUAUUUGCUUGUUUUAGAUGAUGUGUGGAUGAGAAGCCAAGAAUUGGAGUUCGGAUUAAGCCAAGAGAAAUGGGAAAAGUUAAAGUCUGUGUUGUUGGGUGGGUCCAAAGGCGCUUCUGUUUUAGUAUCCACUCGCGAUAUGGGUGUCGCGACAAUGGUGGGAACAUGCGACGCCCAUCAUUUGUUUGGUCUAUCUGAGGCUGAUUGUUGGUUAUUGUUCAAGCACUAUGCAUUUGGACCUAAUAGAGAAGAGAGUGAAGAGCUUGUAGAAAUAGGCAAGGAGAUAAUUAAAAGGUGUGAGGGAUUGCCUCUUGCAACAAUGGCAUUGGGAGAUCUAAUGCGCUCUAGGAGUGGGGUACAGGAAUGGCUUGAAGUUAGGGAAAGUUGGUCUUGGCGGCAUUCUCAGGAUGGGCAUUCUCAGGAUGGGAAUUCUGUUAUGUCUGCCUUGAGAUUGAGCUACUCGGAUUUAACACCAACCACAAAGCUGUGUUUUGCUUUUUGUGCAAUAUUUCCCAAAAAUACAGAAAUCAUGAAAGAAGAUUUGAUUCGUCUUUGGAUGGCAAAUGGGUUUAUUUCAUCAACGACAGACUUGGAGGUGGAAGAAGUUGGCAAUAGAACUUGGAAUGAAUUGUGCCAAAAAUCAUUUUUCAAAGAUGUCAAGAAAGAUGUUUACUCAGGGGACAUUUCUUUCAAGAUGCAUGAUCUUGUCCAUGAUCUUGCUCAAUCAGUCAGUGGGAUAAGGUGUAUGAUUUUGGAGAAUGCUAACAUGACUAAUUUGUCAGAACGCACACUCCAUAUUGGUUUUGGCUCUGGUCUAUUAUCAUUCAGUAAGGGAGCCUUCCAGAAAGUUGAGUCAUUACGGACAUUAUAUCAGUUUGAAUUUUCACUUUAUAACACAAUCUCUGGUUAUUUUCCAACAAACAGUUCUCUUCGAGUUUUAAGUACAAGUUAUUUUUUCAAGUUAUCAUCGCUCAAGCGUUUAAUUCAUCUGAGAUAUUUGCAGCUUUAUGGUUUUGAUAUGAAAUACCUCCCUAACUCAAUUUAUAGCUUGGGAAAUUUGGAAACAUUGAAACUGAUAUAUUGUCGUAAACUUGUGUGUCUACCAAAACAUUUGACUCGCUUACAGAAUCUCAGGCAUCUUGUCAUUACUGAAUGUCAUUCAUUAUCCUGCAUGUUCCCUUAUAUGCACAAAUUAUCUUACCUAAGAACAUUAACAUUAUUCAUUGUUAGUUCAAAGGCAGGGCACAACUUGGCACAGCUAAGUGACUUAAACCUAGGUGGAAAACUAAGCAUUGAAGGCCUACAAAAUGUUGGUAGUUUAUCAGAAACUCAGAAGGCUAAAUUGAAGGAUAAAAUAAACCUACAUGAACUAUGCUUGUCAUGGGACAACAAUGGUGAAACCAAGUCAAAUGCUAUUGAUCCUGAGGAAGUACUUGAAGCGCUUCAACCUCACCCAAAUCUCAAGACAUUGAGAAUAUAUGAUUAUGAAGGAUCACGCUUGUCAAGUUGGAUUGGAAAUCUAAAUUUAGUUGCUCUUGAACUUUUUGAUUGCAAAAAGUGUCUACAACUUCCAUCACUUGGUAAAUUACCACUCUUGAGAAAACUUGAAAUAUAUUCUAUGGAUGAUGUGCAGUACCUGGAUGAUGAUGAAUCUUAUGGUGCAGAGGAGUUGGCUUUCCCAUCUUUGGAGGAACUUGAGGUUCGAGGGUUACCAAACUUACAACGGUUGCUGAAAGUGGAAAGAGUGCAAAUGUUCCCCUCUAUUUCUAACGUUACCAUUGAUGAUUGCUCUAAACUUCAAUUGCCAUCCCUUCCAUCUAUCAAACAACUCAAUGUAAGGGGAUGUAGCCAUGAGUUACUGAGGUCAAUCUCUAGUUUCAGUGCUCUUACCUUUCUUAACCUUUCUGGAGGUGGGGACCUAACAUCCCUCCCAAAAGAAAUGCUGAUAAACCUGACAUGUCUUGAAACUAUGAUACUAUAUAAUUUCCCAAAAAUGAAGGCAUUGCCAGAUAAACUUAGCUACCUCAAUGCUUUGAAGCAUUUGGAAAUCAGAUAUUGCGGUGAGCUUGAGUCUUUACCACAGCAUGGUUGGGAAUGUUUGCGCUUCCUUCACCAUUUGGAGAUUGCUUACUGUGAAAGAUUAAGAUCCUUGCCUGAGGGUGUUCAACAAGUCAACUCACUUGAGGUUUUGACCAUUGAAUGCUGCCCAGAACUAGAGAAGCGAUGCAAGAAGGGAACAGGAGAGGAUUGGGACAAGAUAGCACAUGUUCCAAAUGUAAUUUUGUUACAAUAGUACGAGGAACAACCAAACUUUUUAAGAUCCUUUAUAUGCAUUUGUACACUCGCACAAUCUCAAUUCAUUUCUCAUAUUCUUCCUUUGCUGCCACUCCUUCCCUUUGUUUCCUUGUUAGUGGCUACACCUCCACUCAAUCUGGUAGGCUCUCUCUUAAUCAUUUAAAUAAUAAAAUUUAAUGAUCUAUAUUUUUUAUUUUUUUUUUUCACAAUAAUCAAAUAUU